AUGGGCAAGAUCAAGAUGCCGGCCCUGUUCCGCCGCCGCUCCUCCUCCAAGUCGCGGUCCGCCUCGCCGCCGCCGCCGCAGGACGAGCAGCAGGAGGGCACCCGGCCUGCGUCGGGCGCGGGGUCCCCGGCGCGGUCGGCGGAGGAGGAGAUGGAGCGGGUGUUCCGCAAGUUCGACGCCAACGGCGACGGCCGGAUCUCGCGGCCGGAGCUGGCCGCCCUCUUCGACAGCCUGGGCCACGCGGCCACGGAGGACGAGCUGACCCGCAUGAUGGCCGAGGCGGACGCGGACGGCGACGGCUUCAUCAGCCUGGAGGAGUUCGCGGCGCUGAACGCCACCGCGCCCGGCGACGACGAGGAGGACCUGCGGCUGGCCUUCAAGGUGUUCGACGCGGACGGCAGCGGCGACAUCUCGGCCGCCGAGCUGGCGCACGUGCUCCACGGCCUCGGCGAGAAGGCCACGGUGCAGCAGUGCCGGCGCAUGAUCGAGGGCGUCGACAAGAACGGCGACGGGCUCAUCUCCUUCGACGAGUUCAAGGUCAUGAUGGCCUCCGGCUUCACCGCCAAGAUGGCCUGAUCCAUCCCCUCUUCUUGAUUCAGCGAUUUCGUCCGCGCCUUCCUCGCUCCUUCCCUCUCGCGUGCGGUGCGGAUUAAGUGCGAAUGAAGUGUACAUAAUUCAAGGAUUAAAGGGCGGCCAUUAGAGCGUGCGUGCGUUAGUAGAUUCUUUGUUUCUUUGUCUUCUUGGUGGUGCCGAGUAAGUAAUAACUACUUAGAAAUCUCUCGCGAAUAAUUGUCUCGCGAUUAUCUAAAGAUCUGAGAUACUACAAUGGAAUUGAUGAGGUUGCCGGUUAA